GCAACUGCGCCGGGCACGUCAAUAUCGGUGUACAGCUGGAAGGCAUAACACGCUAAAGUAGGUUCGCGUACAUAACAUUAAAUCUUGUCGUGUUUGGGUAUUUUUUGGUCUUUAAAUCACCACAAAAUCAUGAAAAUGGAAGAGGAUGACUUUUCUAUCGGUACAAGUAGUAUUAUGGCGGAAUAUAUUUCUUAUAAAAUACAGAAAGCUGGAUAUAAUUGGCAAGUUUCGCCAACGAGAAACUGCCCUGAAAACAAAGUAAUAAACACUGUGAAGAAACUGUGCGGCGAAUUUGAGAAACGCUACGAAAAGCAAUUCUCUGAAAUGUGUUUAGCUUGUGCUGAAGUUGACUUGAAUUCUAACAAUUAUAUGGGUGUUCUAGACCAACUGAUUGUUGACGGACUACACUGGGGAAGGGUAGUUGCAAUAUUUUCAUUUGCUGGUGCUAUGUCGGUGUAUUGUAUGGAAAACGGAAAGACUGAACGAGUUGAUUGGAUCCGAGAGUGGACAUGUCAGUUUCUAGACAACAAAGUUGAAAACUGGAUAAACGAGAAUAACGGAUGGAAAGGCAUAGUUGAUUUCUACACGAACGGCGCACAGAAACCAGAGGAAAGGGGCAACGGAUGGGGAUCUGUCAUCAUAGGUGGCGCUCUUGGAGCCUUUGCGAUCGGCGCCCUCAUUAUUAACAAAGCAUGAACUGGGGAACCAGACCAACUAUAAUAAGACUUCAGUUCUGUUUAUAAAUUCAAAUUUUAUUGCGAACACUUCUUCAAGCGGGACAUAUACGGGUUGAUUUGAGGGCAAUGGCGACAGACUGCUUGGAAGGCAUUUCUCCCGCGUGCUUGUGUAGACUAGGCUAAGUGGAGACGUGCUAAAAUGCAUUCGGUACGUGCUUAGAUGUAGAAUACUUUCGGACAGCAUUGUAGCUACGUACUGAAAGAAGUGCUUUUCGAGCAGACAGACGGAAGGAGUGUUUUCAUCACGCUGAGUGAUGAUAGACAUCUUGUGUUUUGGCUCCCUUGAUAGGGAUGUCCUCACGUGCUUAAAACAUUGUUCAGUGCAAUAAAACUGAAAACAUUUAAAGUGCUUAUAUAGAAUGACCUCAUUAGUGCUACAGCCAGUGCUAGUUAGCGGCAGACUAUCUGUACAUUCUAAAAGUACUAAAAUCAUUUGUUAAAAUAAGAAGAAAAACGAAGAAAAAAAAUGAAUAAAAACAGAAAAUGAAAAAAAAAUGUCAGGGGACAGGUUAAUUUGUUUCGUCACGUUAGAACACCCAUCAAAUAUAAUUUUGCUCUUCAGUUUGAAUAAAUCAAAAAUACAAUACGUAUGCCUAUAUUUUCUUUUGCAGAAGGGCUAAUUUUUAAGAGGUGGACUUUUUUAACGUGAUGUGUCCCAAUGUAAAAUGUGAUAAAUUUAAUAUAGACUAUACCAGAAUAAGCAUUUAUACAUUUAAUACAUUUCUCAUUAUUUCAUCAUAAAAUGACUAUGUUUCAGAUUUAAACUGACAGUGAACAUGUACAAAUGGCAUUGUCUUGAGCAUCAUGUGUAUUAUUGGGCGGAAAUUGCCGAAGUACUUAACAAUGAAUUGAAUUGUUUUGAAUCUUAUUUUUAUCAACAUAAUGCAGACGAUUUGUUAACAGUUAUCUUAAAUCAUCCACAAUCGUUUGUUAUUAUCAAAAGUACAUAGUGUAUUUGUUCGUUUCCAAGAAGAACAUUGUGAAUAUUUUUAGAUUUAAUGUAAUAUCUAUUUGUUUUUCAGUAUAGAUAUCUAUAAACUACUAUAAACUAAACCGCAGCUAUUUUACGUGGGCGAAUCAAAUGUGCAUGAACAUUUAAUAGGAGCAUAUUUUUCGAGGUUUAUGAUCGCUUCAAAGACUGUUGAAAUUGAUAACUUUUCUAAAAUUUCAGACAGCGCAUAUAGCCCAAAGAUAAUCUUUUCAAAUUUCCGAAACAAGUCAACAGUUUUGCUUUAACAGAUCUAAACCUUCAACAAGCUAUAAGACUAUUUUUAUUCAUUAAUUUUAUACAUUUAAUUAUUAAAUUCACUGAUAAAAA